GAAAAAUAGAAUUAAAGUGUCCUAUUUUUUGUGUAAGCAUUAACAUAUAUUACUCUAAACAUUUUAAUAUAAAUUUCAAGGACAGUAUUCCUGCAUAUAAAAUUAGAUACAAGUACAGUCCCAGAGAAAUCAGUUAUUUAGCAUGUGUAAAUCUAAGCAAAAAAGAUGCUCUAAGAGGCUUGAAAUUGGAAGUCCUAUGCAAAUGAUCCUUAAUCUCAUUUCUGUCACCACAUCUGGACAGACUAAUGUGCUGGUAUAGGAAGCCGGAUUUUUUUCGGCACUUGCUCCAUCUGUAUUUUGGAGGGGAUUUCAAUUUUCAAGUCUCAUAAUGCAACACCUUUCAAAUGUGUCAAGAUCUUGGCUUAGAAAACUGCUGUGAACAGCAGUCUUGUACACACCAGAGUUUAAACUUCAUACUGAAGUUAAUUGGGCUCUGUACCAAAAUGACAAACAAUUUAUAAAAUGACAGCUUAAUGCUUUGAUCCUGUAAACCCUUACAGAUAUAAUUCUUUCACCAUUCAUUCUAUCUCUGGACACACUCUAGAAUAUUUUACAAUAACGACCUCCCCUUUAAAGAAAUGCAACAGUAUUUGCAAACGUGAUACUAGGAUUUAAUCUCUGAACAUGAAAUUCAAGAAAUGCUAAAGGUUUCAAAUAGCAAUGUUAAUUCAACUGUUUUGGUCACAAUCAGUAUAAUAUUUUUUAAAAUUUUAUGUGUAAAAUUGCUGUAUUCAUAACUAGAGUUUUUAACGUGCAUUUUUGACAUUUCAGUUAUAAAAUGUGUAAUUUUCAUGCUGCAUUAGCAUAGGUGCUUUCAGUUAAUGAAUAUAUAGUGUGACCACGUACACAGAAUGUGACACAGGGGAAAAAAAAUUCCAGUAGCUUCAUUUCUCUUGAUUGUCCUGCUCAUAAACUCACCUGUGUUUUUACUUACUUUAAAACUUACUCUGCUUUACAGGUGCAAUGUGUCACCAAUUAGUAUAAUGCCUUAAAUUUGAGAGCAGGAGAGAGGCUCUGGGCUAUGCUAAUUGCAGGCUUUACAGAUGGAGAUGCUCUUGAAAGAGCUUUGUUUGGCUUCCAAGCUCUUGAGUGAUUUUAAGGAUAUGUAUGAAUAUGAGAACCGUUUAAAAACCUUCACAAACUGGCCUUUUAUAGAGAACUGCAAGUGCACUCCAGAGAACAUGGCAAAGGCGGGCUUUGUCCACUGUCCAAAUGCAAAUGAACCAGACGUGGCAAAAUGUUUCUUUUGCUUGAUAGAACUGGAGGGCUGGGAACCAAAUGAUGACCCAUGGGAGGAACACACCAAACGUCACAGCUGUGACUUUUUAUCCCUUACUAAGCACUUUGAUGACCUGACAAUGGAGGAGUACUACAUGCUGGAGAUGACACGGCUGAGAACCUUCCUUUGCAAAACUGGCAGAAGCGUAAUAAACUCUUUUGAAGAAGAAGUCACCGCAACUAGGCAGCGUCUUGUGGAUAACUUUGUGUCCAAACAUCAGUAUACACCGCCGCUGCCAGUGCCUCUCCAUCCUGAUCCAACUGCCCAACAUUCUGAAAGCUCAUACUGUCAGUCAAAAAAAAUCCAGAAAUGAAGUGUGAAGUUUGACUCUAAAAGUUUCUCUUCUUUAUACAGUUCAAACAUUCACAUUUUUAUCUGA